CGUUCGCUCACACCGUCGCCAUGCCUCCAAAGAUAGUUUACGGUAAAAAGGCUACCGCACGACCUAUCUCUGCGAGCUACGCGAAGUUUCUAUCGCCUGAGAAAGACGCCAUAUUCACGAAGACAAAGAACAACGCGAACAAUGUAGACGAUGAAACAAGACGGCCAGCAAAGACGACCGAACAAAGAAUACAAGAUGAGUUGGCAGCGCUGGAAGCACAGUUGGACGGGCUGGUGAUAGGCAAUGAGCGUACAACACACGAUGAGGUCGUUGGAAAGAAGACCAAAAGCAGGUCAAGGAAGGUACUCGAAGAUCGCGAUGCAAACACGGUCUCGAAGAAAAGUAGCGAAAACACCAAGACAAUACAGAAGGCAGAGAUGAAAGAAAUCGUGCGACCACUAGAGCCCACAUCAGCACCGAGCACACCCCCACGGACGCCGAUCGCGAAACCACAGAAGAAGAGGUCGAAGCCUACCACAUCGAAGAAGAAGACACAACUACCCACUCCAGAACCGACAGCGGAACGCGACGACAUCUAUACGCAGUACGUCUCGCCGCUACUGCCAUACAGCGACGGAGGGAGGAUCACAACAUUUGAACAAUGGUCAUCAGAGCUGGAACCACUCUUCGAGAUUACGAAGAUUGCAGAGGCGUCUUUCUCUGAAGUUUACCGCCUGUCGGCUAUAUCAGCUACGACUGGCCUCAAAGAAGAGUCUGUCCUUAAGGUUGUCGCACUGAAGGCUCCUCCAGCAGCACCACUGCCCUGUCAGACAACGGAGCGCGCAAUCAGAGAUUUGGAUGGACAGAUGAAGAAGGAGCUGGAAGAAAGAGAAGAGAAGAACUAUUACAAGUCCCAUGUCGCUGACGUUCUGUCAGAGGUCAAGCUUUUGCAGAACCUCAACUACAUUCCUGGCUUCACAAACUUCCGCGAUCUUACCGUACUACAAGGACGACCUUCAUCGUCCUUCAAUAAUGCAUGGAAGGCAUGGAACAAAGCGCGACCACGCGGCAAGAAAAGCUACUUCCCUGAUCCCAGCAAGAAGACCAGCUACGAGGACACUCAGCUUUGGGCUGUCGUAGAGAUGCAAGACGCUGGCAUGGACUGCGAGAAACUCAUGGAGUCGGAAGGUCUCGGGACAAUAUGGGAAGUUUGGGACGUCUUCUGGGGUGUCUGCAUGAGUGUUGCGAAAGCUGAAGAAACGUGUCAAUUUGAACACCGCGAUCUGCACAUGGGCAACAUCUGCGUACGCUCCUCGCGUUCCAAGAGCAACGUUAUGCAACCUGUCAUCAAGGAUCCGUUGCGGCGCCGGUUCAGAUUCACAGGCCUUGAAACGACAGUCAUCGACUACACACUUUCCCGCGCGGACAUCGUCGCACACCAACGGACACCCACCUCCUCUCCUUCAGCGCUCAGCACCACAUCACCAUCAAAAUCUCUCUUGCCGGGGCAUGAAGUCGCCUAUCUCGACCUCAACAAAGACUCUGCUCUCUUUGAAGGUGACGCAUCAGAAGAAUACCAAUACGAAAUAUACCGCUAUAUGCGCGGCGUAGCCCUCUACAACAACCCGCUUCAAUGCGAACCUUCCCCAGAACCAAGUACACCUGCUACGCCCCGCCGCUCACCGCGGAAAAACACCCAUAUCCGCUUCGGCGAGGUCCCUGAGACGCCGCAAAAGUCAUUGCUGGCUGCGGAGAAGGAUACGAACGUAUGGAGGCAGUUCCACUCCAAGACGAAUCUCGUGUGGACACACUUCCUCCUGCACAAGCUGCUUAAUCAUCUCAAGGGGUACGAGCCGGAGCACCUGACCACUCACGAUAUCAUGGCCAAUGUCGAGCUCGGGGAUGAUGCAAGUGUUCCUGGUGCUGCGCUGAGGGUGAAGAAGAAGGCGGUGAAGUUGCAUAAGCUGUUGCAGAAGGUUAGUGUGUUGCUUUGUCCUGUGGCGUUGGGACAGGAGGGGAGUUUGGGGAGUGUGAAGGAGUUGGUUAUUCUAGCGGUGGAGGAGAAGUGGUUGAGGAUUGGUGAUGUCAGUGGUUGA